AUGUACGUAGCAUCCGUCGCCAAGAAGCAUCUAGAAGUACUUGGCUCCAGCCGUCAGGAAGGCAAGGUAUAUUACAUACAUACCUACUCGCGUCUGACGUCGACGGAAUGGACACGCGAGCGAGAAAGAGCCUGCCUAGCCUGGCCUGGCUGGCAUCGGGUGAUUCUCUCCAACGAACCCCAAACACUGGCUGCCCUCGAAACAAUCGGUCCAGAUGAACGCUGCUUAAUUGCCAGUCAUCGGAAUUUUGGCUGGUUGCUUGCGCCUCGCGAGGUCAACUUGUCAUGA